AUAUAAAAGGGAAGGAAGCCCAAGUCAGGUACUGGUUAAAGAUAUGAUGAAUGAGCUUAAAACGGACUGGGACGCUACAAAACUACAUGAUUGGGUAGACCCGGAGGAUAUACCGAUAAUUCAGAAAAUAAAGAUUUGUGCAACAGCGGAACGGGAUUUACUAGGUUGGCACUAUACCAAGAAUGGCAUUUACUCCGUUAAAUCAGCCUACUGGUUUGCUACUCAUCAACUCGAAAAUCAACAGCCUCUUUCACCACCAGGGAAUGUUAGACUAAAACAGUUGCUUUGGAAAACAAAAACUUCCCCGAAACUACAACACUUCUGUUGGCGGCUCCUCUCAAAUGCACUCCCAACUGGCGAAAAUCUGAGGUAUAGACAUAUUUCUAACUAUGCUACAUGUAUAAGAUGCUGCAGAGAAGAUGAAACCACCAAUCACUUAUUCUUUGGGUGUGAAUACGCGCAAGCAAUUUGGAGAGCGUCGGGCAUCCCAAACCCAAUUCUUGUGGACUCCUCGGUCUCUUGGGAGGAUAAACUUCAAGCUAUAUUUCAGUUUAAUACUUCGACACAAACUCCACAUUUAAGUCAGCUGCCUUUCUGGAUCCUGUGGCGCAUUUGGAAAAGCCGCAACUCCCUUGUUUUUCAACAACACCAUGUUCAUUGGAGGACCAACUUAAGCUACGCGCAGAGGGAUGCCAAGGAAUGGCAUGAAGCUGAAUCCUUUUUCCAUCACUCAAAUGGCCAGCAUCAACAUUCCUCACAUCCUGUUCCCGCAACCCGAAACCACAUUCAUCGUUGGACUACUCCACCACUAGGCUUCAUCAAGUGUAACUACGACGGGUCUUACGUCAGAGAUUUCACGUCCAAAGGGGGCUGGAUAUUAAGAAGCGACUUUGGUAGAUUCCUUGGGGCAGGCCAGGCUGUUGGUAACCUCACAAACAACCCUCUAGAAAGUGAAUUUCAAGCGCUCACCAUGGCAAUGCAAAGCUGCUGGAGUAAAGGAUAUAAGAAGGUGUAUUUUGAGGGAGAUAACAAAGAAGUAGUAGCGAUCCUAAAUGGAAAGCAAUCCAACUUUGCAGCUUUCAACUGGAUGAGAGACAUUCGCUAUUGGAAAAACAAAUUUGAUGAAUGCUACUUCGUUUGGACGAACCGACAAUGCAACAAGGCUGCGGAUAUUCUUGCAAAAGCUAACCUGCCUAUGGAUUCUUAUUCUCAUUUUUAUUCUUGCAUUCCUUCUGUAAUAGCUAACACACUUCUUGAUGACUCUGUUCUUUGAUUCAAUAUAAGCAGAUGUUAAAA